AUGACUGAAACUGAGAAGAAAAUUGCCGCUAUAAGAAAGAAGUUAAGAGACGUGGAAGCGCUGAAGGCUCGCCUCGCCAACGGGGAACAGCUACAGGGAAGUCAGUUGGAGAAAAUAGCAAAAGAAUCUGAGUUCCUCAGACAACUCGAAUCGCUUCGAGGCACAUCAUAA